UUUUAUUUUAUUUUUAUUUUUUUUUGCUGUUGUUGUUUGUUUGUUUUUCUCAAAAUGUAGUUCCCUGCAUUUAAGUUGACCGGAAAACCACCAGUUUUGCUACCUCUCCCGCUUCUCGCUGAAAGUGUCCGUGGGGUUCUCGCUGCUUUCUGAAAACACGGGGCCUCUUGUCUUGUGUCACUGCAGCGCCGUCUGGCGGCCGCUGGCUGGCAUCGUGACAAAGUCAUUCUAGUUUCCCGGCGGAUGAGACAAAUGUUUUCCCGACUUGCAGGCAGGACCUGCAGUGUGUGCGCGGGAACUGAACGCGUGGGUUCACUCCCACCAUUCCACGGAAACAAUAAACCCGAUGCGGGGAAACGGCCCACUCAGUUGCACGUUCUCACAAGGAGUGUCAUGUUUAACAGGCAUCUGGACUGACAGCCAUCCAGGCUGCCCUCGGCACUCACCCUCCCACUCCGUCACUCGUCUCCUCUCCUCACUCCCCACCUCUGUGUUUCUGAAGCCCAGAGUUGACGGGAGGUAAUCCCCUCCAUGUGAGUGGGCGGUGCGGGUACCGGAGGCGUGUUUUGUUUCUUUUUUUUUUCUUCUAUUAUUCAAAUGCUGCUGUACCUAUAAAAAGAGGUCCUGCCUGCGUCAGAUUGUUUUCUCCAAUGGCUAAAGGUGACUGAAUAUUAGUUGCCUCGGUGUCGUCCUAUCGGCAAGGGAAGAGAUGAUGGACGACUCCGGCGGUGUCCAAAUGGCGAGGGCGCUGAAACACGCAGCCCUGUGCCUGAUGCUGCUGCCCCGGUUCCUGCUGGCCGCCGUCAUGCUGUGGCUCCUGGAUUUCCUGUGCAUCAGGAGAAAAGUGCUGCUGAAAAUGGGCGAGCGCCAGGACAGCCCGGACGACCCGCCGGUGUGCGUCUCCGACUCCAACAAGAUGUUCACCUGGGAGUCCCUCAGGGCCGUGUGGCACGGCCAGAAGCUGGACUUUCUCAAAUCGGCGCACCUCGGGGAGGCUGCUCCCAACACCGAGGUGGUGCUGGUCCAGGAGCGGCGGCAGGUCCGGAUCCUGGACUGCACGAAAGGGAAGAGACCGCUCGUCCUCAACUUUGGCAGCUGCUCCUGACCGCCGUUCAUGACGCGCCUAGCGGCGUUCCAGCGCGUCGUCAGGCAGUACGCGGACAUCGCGGACUUCUUAGUUGUGUACAUCGAGGAGGCGCACCCGUCGGACGGCUGGGUGAGCUCCGACGCGCCCUACCAGAUCCCCAAGCACCGCUGCCUGGAGGACCGGCUGAGAGCCGCGCAGCUGAUGUUCACCGAGGUGCCAGAGAGCAACGUGGUGGUGGACAACAUGGACAACUCGUCCAACGCCGCUUACGGAGCCUACUUUGAGAGACUUUACAUCGUGAUGGAUGAGCGGGUUGUGUACCAGGGUGGGAGGGGUCCGGAAGGCUACCGGAUCUCGGAACUGAAGAACUGGCUGGAGCAAUACAGAAAAGAGGUGAUGGAGCCCCAGAAGGAGGUGCUGUGUGUGUAGCCGAACCUGCCCUGCUGCUCUGCCCUCCGCUUUAGUGUCCAAACCCACAGUGCAAAAUAUCCAGAUGCUGCUAUCAAACGUUCACACAUGGCACAUUAUAUAUAUGAAUAUUAUAUAUGUUGUUUCUCUUGCAUUAAGAUGUUCAGGACUGACAGAUAGAGGUUCAGUUUAAGUUGACACCUUUAGCCUAUAGAUUGUAGGCUGUUAAACUGUGUUGUCAUGACUUUAAAUUGAUUCCUCAUAGCGAUUUUUUUUUCUUCUUCUUUUUUUUGUAUGGAAAAAAGUAUUUGAAUCAAUUGAAGCUGGGUUCAGUUGGUGACCACUAUUUUUCUAUUGUGUGUGUGUGUGUGUGUGUGUGUGUGUGUGUGUGUGUGUGUGUGUGUGUGUGUGUGUGUGUGUGUGUGUGUGUGUGUGAAGGAGCGUGCAUUCAGCUUAAUAUCUCACUCUGGCGUCUGUGUGAAGUUCGGUUUUUAAAAGGCGCAUCCAGAAAACCGACACUGAUGUUCCUGACACUGGAAGCAGAGCAAUAUUAGCUGGAUGCUCGCUCCCUCAGUGGUUCACUGCCAAACGAUGUGAUGUUGAAAACGAUGUAACUGAAAAAUAUGUUGUUUUU